AUUCUAGGUGAAAGAAAAAAAAAUGAUUUUAACAAUAUCGAUGUGUAUAAUGAUUAUAAUUCGCUGCAUCGAAACUAAGAGAAUGAUCGAUAUAGAUAAUAUAAAAUUUAAGUUACCCUGUGGGAAUAAUUACUGUGAUGGUAUAAUAAAAUAUUGUAGCGAAGAACAGACAUGUUUAUAUUGUACCACAGAAAUUUGUGAGUCGAGGAACCCUCCGGAAAUGUGUGUAUUUCAGUGUGAAACAUAUAAGAUACACCCUGAUUCGAAAACAACAAAUCAAACUAGAUCUACAACAGAGGAAGAUUCUAUAGGAGAUAAGAGAGUUUGUGCUGAUACAUGGGUGGUCGUUUUACUCGGUGUGACCUUUUGUGUAUUGCUAGUGAUCCUCGGUGUUAUUUUUAUAUCGAAAUUAAUAAUGAAGAAAGAUCAGAUGGAAAAAUAUUAUGUUGAUGACUGCUUUAUCAUAUGCAGGAAAAGAAACAUUCAUGAACUACUGCGCAAGUACCACACAACUGAAAAGCAUCCAGAAUCCACUUAGAUAACAAAGAAACCCAUAGGAUCUCCCAUUUUUCAUGUGUAUAUGUGAUUUUAUUUAACUUUUUCAGUUUAAUUAUAACAUAAACAAUGUCACAAAAUUUAUUGUCUAAGAAUUAUAUUUCCUGUCCUGCAAUAUAAUAUAUAUUAUUACA